UGUACUGUGUUGUGAGAUAAAAAAGAAAGAAACAAAGGUUUAAGAAGGGUUUAGCUUCAGCCUUCAAUAGGCGGCUACUACUCACUACCUCUUUCCUCUGCUAUUUUCUUCCUCUCUCCAUGAAUUCAAUUCCUUUUGUAAAUUCCUUAUCAAACCCAAGUCUUCGAUCCCAUCACCAGUUUCGUUUUCCUCAGAAUAUUUGAUGUCCAGUUCUAAAACCCCUCUAAUACUCUCUGCAAAUCACACCCCCCAAAUCGACCAUUUCCUUCCCUUUUCUGUGCUCACAAGCUUUCCAAAAAACCCUUCUAGGAUCUCCACAACCAUGUGGAGCAACAUUGCCAAGAGAGCCAUUCAAUUUCAAAACCCCCGCAGGUUUUGCCUCCUCAAUCCCCAAUCCCUCAGACGAGCUUAUAGCUUUCUGGGUCUUACCCACCAUCCGAUUCUCCCCGAAAAAUUCAAAUACAGGCCAAGUUACGGGUUUUCUGAAAUGGGUUUUCGUAGAAAUGGUGAAAUUUUGUCACAUGAGGAGUUUACUGGGAGGCCAAGGCCAAGUUUUGGGUUUAAUGGCUUUUUUUGUCUCAAAGGGUAUGCGAGUGUUGCUGAGGCUGAGGCUGAGGCAGCUUCGUCUACAGAUGUUGAGGAGGAUGGUUUAGUUGGGGAGGAGGUUCAAGAAUUGUUGCAGGAGAUGAAUAAGGAGGAGAAGAGGCAGGUUGAGUAUAAACGGAGGAGGCGGCGGACUAUGAUGAGGGGAAUGGGGCAAGGGAAGUAUCAGAUGCUAAGGAGGAGGCAGGUGAGGAUUGAGACCCAGGCGUGGGAACAGGCGGCCAAGGAGUAUAAGGAGCUAUUGAUGGACAUGUGUGAGCAGAAGCUGGCCCCGAAUUUGCCUUAUAUGAAGUCAUUGUUUCUUGGCUGGUUUGAGCCUUUGCGGGAUGCCAUUGAAAAGGAGCAAGAGUUGUGCCGGAGGGGGAAGAACAAGGCUGCUUAUGCCCCCUAUAUCAACCAGUUACCGCCUGACAUGAUGUCGGUAAUCACAAUGCAUAAGUUGAUGGGAUUGUUGAUGACCGGAGGUGAACAUGGGUCUGCGAGGGUGGUGCUGGCAGCUUGCGCGAUAGGUGAUGCCGUUGAGCAGGAGGUUAGAAUACACAAGUUCUUGGAGAAAACAAAAAAGAAAAAGGGUGAUAAAGAUAAGGAAAAUGAUGGAGAUGACUCCAAUGCUCUUCUUAAGGAUCAAGAGAAGUUAAGAAAAAAGGUCACUACUUUGAUAAAGAAGCAAAAGCUGGUAGCUGCAAGGCAGAUAGUGAAAGGGCAGGAUGAUUCAAAACCCUGGGGCCAGGAUGCUAAGGCUAAGGUUGGAAGCCGUCUGAUUGAACUGUUGAUGCAAACAGCUUAUAUACAACCUCCAGCCAAUCAGUUAGCAGAUGGCCCACCUGAUAUUCGGCCUGCAUUUUUACACAUGCUCAAAACUGUGAUGAAGGAAGGAAAGAAAAUCAGCAGAAGAUUUGGCAUUAUAGAAUGUGACCCUCUAGUUAUCAAAGGCCUUGAGAGAACUGCAAGGCACAUGGUGAUUCCUUACAUGCCAAUGCUGGUGCCCCCAGUCAAGUGGACAGGUUAUGACAAAGGGGGACACUUGUUCUUGCCUUCCUAUGUCAUGCGCAUUCGUGGAGCCAGACAACAACGUGAAGCAGUUAAGAGGGCCCCUAGGAAGCAAUUAGAACCUGUUUUUGAGGCCCUGGAUACUCUUGGGAAUACCAAAUGGAGGGUAAAUAAGAGGGUGCUUAGUGUUGUAGAUAGAAUCUGGGCUAGUGGAGGCCGUCUUGCUGAUUUGGUGGACCGCAAUGAUAUUCCCUUACCGGAUCAGCCAGAUACUGAAGACGAAGCUCAGCUCAAGAAAUGGGGAUGGAAAGUCAAAUCUGUGAAGAAAGAGAACAGGGAGAGACAUUCACAGCGUUGUGACAUAGAACUUAAACUUGCGGUAGCCCGAAAAAUGAAGGAUGAAGAAGGUUUUUUCUACCCACACAACCUUGACUUUCGAGGUCGUGCUUACCCAAUGCACCCAUAUUUAAAUCAUCUUGGGUCAGAUCUAUGUCGGGGUAUUCUAGAAUUUGCAGAGGGACGCCCUCUUGGAAAGUCAGGCUUACGUUGGUUGAAGAUACACUUUGCAAAUCUAUAUGCUGGUGGUGUGGACAAAUUAUCUCAUGAGGGUCGACUGACAUUUACUGAGAAUCAUUUGGAUGAUAUAUUUGAUUCUGCAGACAGGCCACUUGAAGGCAAGCGCUGGUGGUUGAAUGCAGAAGAUCCAUUUCAGUGCCUGGCUGUUUGCAUCGAUCUCACUGAGGCUUUGAGAAGUUCGUCCCCGGAGACCUUUAUUUCACAUAUUCCCAUACAUCAGGAUGGCUCUUGCAAUGGUUUACAACACUAUGCAGCUCUUGGACGAGACAAGUUGGGAGCAGCUGCUGUCAAUUUAGUUGCAGGAGAGAAGCCUGCAGAUGUAUACUCAGGAAUAGCUGCUAGAGAGGGAACACCAAUCUUUGUGGAAGUACUAGAAAUCAUGCGGGAGGAUGCGCAGAAAGAUCCUACAAUUUUUCCAGAUGCAUUGCAUGCAAGAACAUUAAUUAAUCAGGUGGACAGAAAAUUGGUGAAGCAAACAGUGAUGACAUCGGUCUAUGGUGUCACUUACAUUGGUGCUAGGGAUCAGAUCAAGAGGAGGUUGAAGGAACGCAGUGUCAUUGCAGAUGAUGUAGAGCUCUUUGGUGCUUCUUGUUAUGCUGCAAAGAUCACCCUAACUGCCUUGGGGCAGAUGUUUGAAGCUGCACGCGGUAUCAUGAGCUGGCUUGGUGAAUGUGCAAAAAUAAUUGCAUCUGAAAAUCAGCCAGUACGGUGGACAACUCCACUUGGACUUCCUGUUGUGCAACCUUACCGCAAAUUGGGAAGGCAUCUUAUAAAAACCUCUCUUCAGGUUUUAACACUACAGCGAGAAACAGAAAAGGUUAUGGUCAAGCGGCAGAGGACAGCAUUCCCUCCAAACUUUGUUCACUCCCUCGAUGGUUCUCAUAUGAUGAUGACUGCAAAUUCCUGUAAAAAGGCGGGCUUGAACUUUGCAGGAGUUCAUGAUUCAUACUGGACACAUGCAUGUGAUGUGGAUGAAUUAAGCAGGAUACUUCGAGAAAAGUUUGUUGAACUCUAUGAGACGCCAAUAUUGGAGAAUUUACUGGAAAGCUUCCAGAGGUCCUUUCCUACAUUGUCUUUCCCUCCCUUACCUGAACGUGGAGACUUUGAUUUAAGGGACGUCUUAGAAUCACCCUACUUCUUCAACUGAUCUGAUGCAAGGAUUUCUCUUCAUCUAGGGCUACAAUGAUCCCAGGCCUCUGCAGAUGUUUGCUAUCUCUGACAGUUCUCUUUGUUUCUAUCCAUGAGUGGUUAGGAGAAGGAGGUUGUUUUAUCAAGAUGCCUUAUUGAGAACUGCUGCACCAUCCUUGUAUAUAUUUUGGAAGAUGUCCCUGGGCAUUGACAUUGAGAAGAUAGAAACAUGGUCAGUAUCUGCUUCAUGCAGCCCUGAACUCGGAGCUUUCUGUGCCCCUGUACAGCCAACAUGAACUUUAGUUUCUGAAUGUAUGUAUGCUACGUGGGUUGAAAAGCUUUUCUGAAACUGAAUCAUAAAGCAAGACAUUUCCAGAAAGGAAGCUGGGAACUUAAUGCUUUGCCUGGCUGCCACUGGACACAGCUCAUUGACAAUCCAUUUCAUAGGAUCAUGUGAAAGAAGAUGAGCUUCAUGAUGAUUCGAGCGAUACAGAACCCGUUUGCAUAUCCUUGAUAACGAAGAAUGCUAACAUCAGGUUCCUUUGGUUCUUGCUGACUGAUACAAAUAUUGCUUUUUCUACAGGAUAUGUACCUCUUUUCCAUUCUUGUUCUAGCCCAAUUGUUAUAUGGGUGUUAAAAGUUUUUUUUUUUUUUUUUUUUUUCCCAUGUAAAUGUGAACAAUAAAUAUUCAUUGUUUUCCCCCCUCCCGCUGAAGUAUAUACUUUGAAUUAACAUGUAAUAGAACACAAGCAAAAUUUUGUAUUGAAACUAUAGAUUGCCUUAUAAAUUAAAUCUUUUUGGUGUA